AAAAAAGAAAAAGAAAUGGACGAUGACAUAGCUAGUCUUAAUUAUGAUUGCAAUUAUAACCUUUAUCUUGCCAAACGUUUGGUCAUCGACAUGAAGAAAUUUCGCGAUCGGCAAAACGCAGUCAAGUGGUUACGUUUUUUGAUGAAUAAUACCAGCAACGAUAUCGUAGAAAUACGACUUAGGAAUGAUUUUAUGCAUUAUUUAGUAUUAAAUCUUCAAGAAGGUCAGCUUAAAUCACCAUUCGAUAAACCACCGCCAAUUAUUGGUUCCCUCACGGAAAUAGCAGAUUUUAUUGUCAGUAAACCUAACAAUAAAAUAAAUGACGUUAUCGAUGAUGGAUUAGAUUCAACGAAUGAUUUAGAAGACCCGGAUAAAGAAAAAUCAAUGAUAGCAUCAUUAUCACCAGACGAUGGUGCCUUUUUAGCAUCACAACCUGUACCCCAUCAUGGUUCCUUUUGUUAUUUAGCAAUAACUUCUAAGAAAAAAGAUAAUUAAACUAACAAAAAUGAUUCAUUCCUAUCAAUUCAAUCAUUUUACCAAAUUUCUUUCGUAUUUAAUUAGAAUCAUAGUGAUAUAUAAUAUUUCUGUCAUUAUGCAUCUCGUAUUUAUUAUUUUUUUUUUCUUUUUAAGAAAUAUAUUACUUUAUAUUAUUUUCGAAGUAUUAUUUAUAUAUUUGUUUAAUUAUUAAGUGUAACUUUACGCUCCCUUUAAGCGAAUAAGAAAAUUGGAAAAUAUAAGAAAAGACAAAUAGUAUUUGGCCAUUGCAAAAGCACAAUUUUGUUACUAGACACUAUAUAAUUAGCUUCUAGUUUAUUAUAAUUCGUUCAAUUUAUUUUUAUUAUUCUUACAUCGCAUUAUUAUUUUAAUAGAUUAUGCUAUUAUUAAAAUGCACAAAAUCUAGAGUAUUGUCUAUGAGGCUUUUUAGAUUUAUUGUAUAAACGUUGUUUCAACUUGCAAACGCAUUGUCAAACAAUAGGAAAUUUAAUUAUAGGAUUGCAUCGUUAAAAAAA